AGGAAUGAUGGCAUUGGAUGCAGUUUGAAGGACUUAAGUAAGUUGGGAAUUAGCUGCGACCUCCGACAUGCCGGCCAAGCCAGCCCCGAUCAAGAAGGCGGCUAAGAAAGAACCCGCCAAGAAAGAGGAGGAGGCAGCUCCAGAGCCGGCUCCCGAGCCCGCCCCGGAGGCCGCACCGGCCGAGGAGGCUCCUGCUCCGGCUCCUGCAGAGGGAGAGGCUGCCCCAGCCCCCGCCGAGGGAGAGGCUCCAGCUGAGGGGGAAGCUGCUGCCCCAGCAGAGGCUGCCGCUCCUGCUGCAGGAGAAACACCAGCUGCUGCUGCUGACGCCCCUGCUGAUGCUGCUGCUGCUCCGGCCUCAGAGGAAGCUCCUGCUGCAGACGCCCAAGCACCUGCUGAUGGUGAAGCUGUAGAAGCACCUGCACCAGAGCCAGAGCCCAAACCACCCACGCCUCCUCCACCUAAAGUGCCCACAAGUGCUCCUCUUGAUCUGUUUGUGGAGGACAAAAAUGAUACUUCAGUCUCCAUUUUUUGGAGCGAGCCUGAGAACAUCGGGGACACCGGUCUUGAUGGAUACGUCAUUGAAAUCUGCAAAGACGGAACUGAUGACUGGAAAGCUGUCAAUGAGGAACUGCAGAAGGCCUGUCGCUACGUCAUCAAGAACCAGACCACCGGUGACCGCCUGAAGAUCCGCGUGGUGGCUGUGAAUGAAGGAGGCCGCAGCCCCCCUGUUGCCCUCGCAGAGGCCGUUGUCGUGAAGGAGGUCGCUGACCGCCCCAAGGUCCGCUUGCCUCGCUUCCUCAGGCAGAGAUAUGUUGCUCGAGUUGGAGACAAGAUCAACCUGACCAUACCUUUCACAGGCAAACCCAAACCUGUUGUGUCAUGGACAAAGAACGGUGGGGCUCUGGACACAAAGAGGGUGAACAUCCGCAGCACCGACAGGGACAGCAUCCUGUUUAUCCGUUCGGCCGAGAGGGACGACUCCGGAGUGUACGAGAUGUCCGUGAAAGUAGAGGACUUUGAGGACAAAGCCCCACUUGUUCUUCAGAUUGUUGAGCUGCCUGGACCUCCUGCCAGCGUGAAGAUUGUGGAUACUUGGGGUUUCAACGUUGCUCUGGAAUGGACUGUCCCCAAAGACAAUGGAAACACUGAGAUCACAGGAUACACAGUGCAGAAGGCUGACAAGAAGACUGGAGACUGGUUCACUGUUUUGGAACAUUACCACAGACUGAAUGCUACUAUCUCUGACCUUAUUAUGGGAAACACCUACAAGUUCAGAGUGUUUUCUGAAAAUAAGUGUGGAAUAAGCGAGUCUGCUACUGUUACUAAAGAGGAGGCCAAGAUCGUGAAGACAGGUAUUGACUACAAGCCUCCAGAAUACAAGGAGCAUGACUUUGGUGAGCCUCCCAAGUUCACCACGGCUUUGAGUGACAGGAGCACCACUGUCGGCUACUCCACCAAGCUGCUGUGCUCCGUCAGGGGAUUCCCUAAGCCCAAGAUUGAAUGGAUGAAGAACCAGAUGAUUAUUGGAGAUGACCCCAAGUACAGGCAGAUCUGCGUCCAAGGGAUCUGUUCCCUGGAGAUCCGAAAGCCUGGUAACUUUGACGGUGGCGUGUACUCCUGCAGAGCCAAGAAUGACCACGGAGAAACAAUCGUGAGCUGCAAGUUGGAGAUCAGACAGCCAGUGAUUCCAGAGGGGGACAAGAAAUAAAUGAAAACCAUCAGUUUCACAGUCCCAAAUUAGGAGCAGCAACCUUUGCAGCGUAAGAACAGUUUCCUGGAAGAACAUGUAUAUAUGGCUGGUGACCACACUGCCAACAAGUUUUAUCCUGUGAACUCUCAAGCAUCUGUGAAGAUAAAACGAUUUAAGCCAUCGCUUCAUGCCUCAAUUAAGUCCACAUCCAUGUCCAAAGUUUGAUUUUUGUUUCUUUUUUUUCUUUUUUUUUUUGCUCUCAUUUUGAUUAAUUUUCCCAACUCUGUUGAUGUCCACUAGAUUAUGACUGUACCUGCCUACUUCACCAUCAUGUUAAGUCUUACUCUCAUGAAUGUACUGUUCCUCAAAGGAGAGCUACAUGUGUUUAUAUCAAUAAACUAUUUAAUUUCUGGUC